AUGUCCCGUUCUGAGCACGAUCCACCUGAAGAUAGUUGUGGUGAUGAAGAUCAAAGAAAUAUUUUGGCAUCCGAUAAUGACAACCUUAACCAAUGCUUGUUACAACUCUUCCAAAAACACGAUGAAGAAGAUUUAAAAGCGAGUUUAUUGCCUGGUGAGUCACUGCGCCUACACUGCUCGAUUUCAUCUGCACAAGAUCAUCGUGCUACUUCGCCUAUGUAUGACCAUGAAGAUUCCUUGGAUAGUUCAGGUAACACUCCGCUGUUUAUAGAUAAAAUUGUUUAGGAAUGAACUUUCUUCCUGAAGGCACUACUGAUCUAGAAAAUAGUCUCAAUGCAAAUCCAUCAAUCAACCAUGGCGUUGACUUCAAAUCGAAAAAUACACCCUCAGAAAUAAGAACAAACUAUAAGCGGAACGAUGAAGAUUUAGAUACAUCGGCGGCUCAAGCAACUUCUCCCUCCAAAACCACACAUGUGGUAUGUUCCGAUCACCAAGAAGCCGUUUAUGCGAAUCGUAAGUGACCAUAGAAAAGCAUGACCAUCACUUUCACUUUCUUAAGGUCAACUCUCAAUGGAAAAUAAUUUUGGUGACAAUAGAAGUUCUCAAUUUAGAGGAGACAUGACGGUAAAUCGAUACGAGUAAAACCCGCUUUUAACUAAACUAUGUCUAUUUCUAAACAAUAGGCCCGGCAAGAUCAUUAUAGACAGGUAUCAUCUGUGAGAUCACCACAAACUCAACAAACAAUGCCAAGCCAAAGACGUGAUUUGCCACAACGGGCGAAUCUAUACAACCCGUUUAAUGACCUGAACGGAACUAGACGAUAUCGUUAGGUCGGAAACAAGUAGAACCAAAUUUAGUCAGAAGCUCAAAUCGAAGGAAUAAUUAAUCAAGAACGGCUGCGCGUUUUCUCUCAUAAUUUUAUAUCUGAAAACGCUCUUUGCUUCAAAUAAAUUUCGCGUGUCACGGAGAGAGGGCGGUAAAAGAUUUGGCUGUGGGUAUGGGGAUGGGUGUACGUGUGUAGGUCUGGAUGUGGCAAUGCGGGUGUGGGUGUGGGUGUGGGUGUGGGUGGGUGUGGGCGGGGGUGGGGGUGUGGGU